GGCUCAAAUUAUAGUAUUUCUCAGUUGAGCAGACUAAGCAGCAGAUCAAUGCAGCUGUACAGACUUCAGGACCGAUGUAUUGAUUUCUUUUUCUAUUAUUGACAAAAGCAAGUGUGGAGUUUUGGUUGUUUCCUUUUGAAAGGAUGGCUAAUGGUAAAUACUUCCUCAGUUUUUCAAGCAACUUUGAAGCUACAUCAAUGUUUGAACUGUCUGAGAACUUGGAAGAUCCACAUGGUGCGGGGGGAGACAGCUCAGACAGCACUCUGGGGAGUUCAGUAACUGCUUGUAAGAAGGUGCUGUGCAGCAGCAACAGCUUGCUGGAUUCCACAGAGUACUGGUUGCGAAAUGAAGGGGCACUCUGCCGAAUUGGAUUCAUGGAAGACAGGACUGACAACAGCUGUACCACAAUCUGUUUUUUGAAUCUUGAUGGUAACAGCGGAGAUUGCAGUGAUGAGAAAUUUACACAGAAACUGGCCACCGUAUCUCCUGAUCUUCCGAAGCUUAUCAAUUCUCUGAAUGUGCGUCAAACCAGGGAAAAUGAAAUCUUCCUCCUCACUGGGUUGGAAGCAUGUGAUAACCUCCAACUGGAUUCGGAGUACUACCAGAGUUGCAGAGCAGCCAAUGUGUGCCUGGUCCAGUGUGCUAGAGAAAAGAAGAAAAAAACCCAACCCAGCUGUAUUAUUUAUGAAAUAAACAAGUUUCUGAUUGGACUGGAGUCCGGUCAGGAAAGACAAUUACAACUAGACCGGUCUGGUAAUCCCAGACCUGAGGACGAUACCAAUCGCUCUGUGUCAUCAAUCGAAGAGGACUUCCUCACUGCAUCUGAGCAUCUGGAUGAUGAAAGUGAGGAGGACGGCUUCAGAAAUGAUGGAGACAAUAAUGAUGCCACAGACCUCUUCUCAGAUGUCAGAUUAGGCAGCCAAGCGAAUAAAACAACCCCACAUUCUGAAUCUGGGAAAGCAGCUGUAGGAACCACGAUGCAUAUCACUGAUAAACCCAUGAAGCAGCAUCACUGCAAUGUUCCACUUCCAGAUACAGUGGGGCACCAGGCUGACCACCAGAAAAGACAUCAAAGUUCAUGUCAGAGGCAUUGUGCUGUAAGGAGUUCUGAUUCUGCUCAGCCAAGGAAAGCAACUAUAGAUGGACGCCACACUGUAAAUGUUUUUAACACAACACAAAGCAGCAAAGCACAGUCCGACAUGCAGUUUCCCCAGCAGAACACACAGCCGUCUGCAAGUCAUUAUGCUACAAACUUAGCAGAAUCAGUCCUUCAAGACGCUUUUAUAAAACUGUCCCAGGCUGAAGUUACAUUCACAGCGGAGGCAGCUUUAAGUGUCUCUGCUGGUCAUACAAUACUGACAGCCAGUACAGAAAAGACCAAACCAACCCGGGCAUGGAAUGAGCUUCCCAAAAUUGUGAUUGUUCAAAGUCCAGAUAACUGUGAGAUCACACCAGAGUGGCCGGGCACCCCAUCUUCCAACACUAGCAACUGUACUGAAUCAGAGAGUCCCAGUCACAUUUCUAACCAAGUAAUGGAAGAUAUUGUGGAGCCAUAUAACUAUUUAACUGGUGGGCAUACUCCUCACUCUAUUGAAGUAGCUUUAGCUUGUGCAGCCAGUGUAAUUGGGACUAUUUCAAGUCCUCAAGCUACAGAAAAACUCAAAGUGGCCCAAAGUGCAGCAGAUAUAAAUGUGAUUGUACCUAAGGAACAAACCAUGGAGAAGGAGGAGGAGAGGAAGACAGAGAAAGCGGAAGAUGAUCAGCAGGAAUCAUCAGGCAUGGAUUUCUCCUUUUCUUCAGCUCUUUGUGGCAUGGCUGAAGUAGCCAGUGCAAUUGCAGUAGUUGGCCUCGAUGACACACCGGAGGAGAGCUAUUCUGUGUCUCGUGGGCUCCUGUCAGCAACAGAAGCCUCAACGGCCUUUACUCUUCACUGCAGCGUGGCAGUUGGCACUAAAAUCAACCAGUUUACUGCAGGCAUUGCAGAAGUCCUACUAAAAGAAGCAUCUACAAUUCUGUCUGAGCCAGAUGUUUAUAAAAGCGUUGGAGAUUUUUUGGAAUCCACUCACAACAAAAUAGUAGAGAGUGUUGCAAAACUGCAAAGCACUCAUUUAGAGGCAGAUACGGAUCAUUUUGCACAAAUCCUAUCAGAUGCAAUUUUCAAGCUCUCUUUCGAACGAGCAAAAAAGAAGAAAGAGCUAGAAAGCCCCAAUAAAGACAACAAUACUGUUUUAAACCCACAAGACAUUCUAGAAAGUACCAAUAAUUUGCUCUUUAAUAUCCUAUAUCUCACAUGUAAGAAGAUUGGUGACAUUGCAAAGCAUAAUAAUGGGUCAUUAGACUUAACUGAAGACAAAAGCUGUUCUACAGAUUGUGAAACAGUCAAACAAAACGGAGUACUGUCACACCAAUUAUCAGGUUUUCUCGACUCCAGCAAGUCUGAUUAUUGUGACAGCCACAAUAACCUACUUCAAAGCAGUGAUAAACUGUCAGGCUUUAUUGGUGUUAAGGAAGACAUAAUUGUUCAAGAGAAGGCAAUGUAUGUGAUAGAAUCUGAACUCUGCUCUGUGUCACAAAGCAACAAAGACAACAGCUUGUCUUAUUCAAGGGAUACGAAGCGCCGGUCCAGUCAAGUAAAUAUGGCACCUCUCAUCAAAGACUGUACUAACCUUCAAGGCCAAUCCAAUAAUUACAACUUGAAAUACAUGAAAUUCUCUUUAGAUAAUGACAAACCAAAGGCAGUUUCUGAUUUAAAUGAGCUUUCACAGGAACAGCACUUUAUUAUCCACAACAGUUCAAACACAGGCGUAGAAAAGCAGAAAGGCAGCAUGCUGGUGGAUAAUGAACAUAAAUUGUCCUCGUUAAGCUCACAACAAUCUUCAUCAUCUCUUCUGCCUGUGGUCUUGCUAAAGCCAGCAUCAGAGAACAGAUCCCCCAUAAUUGGUUUUGCAGAGGAUCUAGCCAUAACCAUAGUUUCGAUGGCAACAGAAAUGGCUGCCAUUUGCCUUGAAAAUUCGAACGGGAAGCAGCCAUGGUUCUGUGUUUGGAAAGGUGGACCAGAGAACCUUGACAACUAUUUGGUGCCAUGCAGAACAGUUAAGAGGAAAAAAGAGAUUCAGAGCAAUGCUUCCGUUACCAAGAAGCACAGGCCACCGAGACUCAGUGAAAUCAAAAAGAAAACAGAAGAGCAGCCAGAGCUAAAGGAACGACUCAUGAACAGGGUUGUGGAUGAGUCAAUGAAUUUUGACGAACCUCCUGAUCCUUUCAGUGUUUUUGCCAGUGAGGUGACUGCAAAGAUUAUGAACUGUCCAGAGCUGUCUGUGGUCAAUACCUCAAAACAGGGUCAGUCUCAACCAAGGAACCACUUACACUGCGACAGGUGGAGUAAAGGGAAGGCAUCAAGCUAUGAAAGUAUCCCAGAAGAGGAUGCCAAUUCCUCAAGAUUGAUCAACACCUUGGGACCAGGAACCAUGCUAGGUCAGAAUCUGAGCAGAGGAGGUUCCAUAUCCAAACAAUCCAGCUGUGAAAGCAUCACAGAUGAAUUCUCCAGGUUCAUGGUAAAUCAGAUGGAAAAUGAAGGCAGGGGCUUUGACCUGUUGCUUGACUAUUAUGCAGAACAAAACGCUGUUAACAUACUGAGCUCAGCGUUGCAGCAGGUCACCAAAAAGAAUGGGCAUCUCAAUGUAAGGUCAACAUGUGUAUCCAAACAGUCUAGCACAGAAAGUAUCACAGAGGAAUUUUACAGGUUCAUGAUCAAAGAAAUGGACAACGAGAAUAAAGAUUACAGUGCAGCGAAAACUAAAGAGUGGAGUAACAGCUUCCUGGCCCCAUCUCCAAGAACAUCCUUCUGUGUCAGGCAGUCAUCAGUGCCAGACCGAAGAUCAUCAGACUCCAGACUUAACGUGAACGCACCAGUGAAAGCCAAUUCCUUUGAUGGCUUUGCCCGGAAUGUGCAUGCAGAUACUCUCAAUAUAUACCCUGUUAACACAGUAUCAUCAACAGGCCUCUGCAAAUCGGAUUCCUGUUUGUACAAACGAGGUUGUACUGACCAGAUAACGGACAUGCUCAUACAUGAGACGUGGUCUAGUUCUAUUGAAUCUUUAAUGCGUAAAAAUAAAAUUAUUGUGGACGAUGAUGACAGUAUGGAUCUUGAUCAGCCUGAGAAUGGAUCACAGCCGCAUGUUGAAAAAUUUGCAAGCAGGCUGGCCGCUGACAUUAUUGAAAGAGGGACAUCUUUAAUUGGGGGUCAGCAGGACCCUGUUGAUUGCCAGCUGCCCAUCCCUGUGGCAGAAAAGAGACGGUGUUUCAGGAGCAAGACACAGUCACAUUUUAAGAAGCCUGCGUUAGACAAAAUCCAGUCGACCCAGGAACAGAAGCCUACUGUAGCUAAUGAUUCCACAUGCAUUGCCUCUCCUCCUCGCUGCCUAAGGGAAGUGCCUUUGAUUCACAUAGAGGUAGAUCAAAGGGAAGAGUUCAAUGAAGACAUAGCAGCUUCUGCUAUCACCACUGGGAAGCUGAAGACAGAAUGUCUGUCUGACGAGAAGGACCCAGAACUGUUGUGUCAAAAAGACACAGAGCUACCUUUUAUAAAUCAGAGCAGCCCUGCGUGUUACAACACUUCAGUAACUGCAGUAGCUGACAAGGCAUCAGUAUCAGAGGAAUGCCCCACCCUUAGCUGCAGUGAUGACAGCACAGGAAGUUGGUCGCAGAUCCCCAAUGAAGAAGACCCUCCUGAGGAUACCAGUAGCUAUUUACAGCUAAGUGAAAGCAAUGGGAACAGUAGUGCAUCCAGCAGCCUUGGUCUUGUGGAUCUCGAAGGUUUACAGGAAGCUGUUUCACCGUGUACGUUGGUAAGUAAAAUAGUAGAAGAAAAGAAGAUACUUAAAGAAAAUCAAUACAAUUUGGAUGAAUGCACAUCUGGACUGUCUGUAGGAACAAACAACUGCCACAAGGACCUGCUGGUGAUGAACUUUGACCUGGAGCCUGACUGUGUGGACUCAGAGCUUCGGGCUACCUUACAGUGGAUUGCUGCUUCAGAGCUUGGUGUUCCAACCAUCUACUUUAUCAGAUCUCUGGAGAAGAGGUCAGAAAAGUUCCUGGAUGUGGUGCGCUUUGUUCAGCAGAAGGCUUGGAAUGUUGGAGACCUCUUCCGUGCAGUUAUUCAGUAUUGCAAACUACAAGAAGAAAAUGCUGAUGCUGUUUCAAGCCUUUUUGACUGGCUCCUGGAUUUGAGCUAAGCCAACAAUUUACAUUUAAACAGAUUUGAUAUCCGCUCACUCUUAGCCACAUAAUGAGCUUUAUUUUAAUGAUCCCGACAAUUAUGGCAUUUAGGGUGGUGUUAUUAAUAAGAUAACCCAGCAUUGUUUGGCAUAUUUGAAUGUGUUUAGUGAUUUUAAUUCUGACAGGAUUGAGGCGCCAGCAAUACCCAUUUAUUACAUGAUCUACCAACUUUUUAAAAAUGAUUGUUUCUUGCAUUGAAUUUAACAGGUUAUGAAAAAUAUACUGGAAAAAGGUAAUCGAUAAAUCGAAUUUGUGACUUUUAGGGUUGUGGUAUCAAGACCCACUGCUGUUUAGAUAAUUAAAAUAGAACCAACUAAGAUGAAAGAUUUUAAUGAAAAAUUCUAUAAGCAGUGUUCACUUUCAGUGUUCACUUUCAACAACUUGGCCAUCUGGAUAAAAACACGUAUCUGCUCAGCUAUGAGUCUGUAUUUCCAACUGUUUGCAGGUGGAGUUUCACACCAACUUCUUUGUUAACACAGAAUAAAGGUUAGGAUUAUUAUUAAAAUACAGGGUGGAUUUAACAAGGUCUCCCAAUAUUUAUAUCGUUAAAACAUUGCCCAAUUGUGUUUAAAUUGUGCAAGGUUUAUUAAGAAAGCAAAGUUUGUCCUUGGUCUUAGAAACUGUGACUUGAUUAAAUAGGC